AUGGUAACCUGCAUCAACCCUGUAUUUCACCCUUGCAUCGCUGCGCAACGUGCUACCAACGAACUCGUCGUUUAUGCUCGAGAAGUUGGUCAGGUCGUGACCAUUGCCUACCCACAGACUAGUCAAGGUUACCGUGUUACACCAGAGGGCUUUUUCUACUGGCUCGAGCGUCGCGGUCUCACAUUUGAGUGUUUCUGUGGUAUAGUUUCCAGUCAGCCCACUCCAGCGCGUUUCAUCCAUGAGUUUAUCUCUGGAGAUGUUGUUGUGCGCUGCAAUGAUGUAAAUAAUCGCUGCGGCUUCUACUUGAACUUGAAUAACAUUCGAGCCACUGCAUUAUUAACUUCACGCUACAAAAACAUCCUCACACGCUGGCGCAGUAGUAUUCUAGAUCUCCCUGCACUCAUUGCGACGUUCCGCGACACAUUUGGACAGCAACCUUACUCGUUGACAGAAGUUGCCCCAAUAUUUACAGGCUACUGCGGCAUACAUGAAAGUAUUUUCCCUGGUUAUCCUCAGCUUCGUGGUGGCAUUAGCCACUCUGCAAUAUGUACACCAACCCCACAUACACCUCGCAAAGCCAUUCACCAACAUCGUCAACAACCAUACACCAAGACUUCAUCCAAAGUCUCACUCGCUCGCCAAUCUGCAACCAAGGUUGCGUCCCAUGAGAUCACAGGGUCGUCUCGUUCGAACAAACCACAGCUAUCCGCGCACGAGAGAGAUGUGUUAACUCGUCUUUCAAUGGGGAUGGGAGAGAGGAGUGUGGGCACCGUCCGUCGUAGGUCUUAG